AUGGUGGAUAAUAAAGGGGAAAAUUCAGAACUUGGUCAAGAUAAAAAACGGCAACAAAAUAAACGACUACAAAAAAAUUACUCGGAACCAAUUUUAAGAUCAAUGUUAAACCUUUCGAAUGUUAAUAGUGAGAGUGAGAAUGGUAUUAUCACUCUAAUGACUUAUAAUCUUUUGGCACAAUCACUUUGUAAGCGUAAACUUUUUCCAGAUAGUGGAGAGGCAUUGAAAUGGAAACAUCGACAUCCACGACUUAUACAAGAAAUUUUAUAUUAUUCACCAGAUAUAGGGUGUUUUCAGGAGAUGGAUGAACUCAAUUAUAACGAUACUUUUAAAGACAAAUUUGAACAUGUUGGAUAUGAAACUUUGUUUUCUAAAGGAUAUAAAAAAGGAAACGUUAAAUCAGUUGUAAUUGAAUAUGACAAACAUGGAAUUCCAACAAUGCCUACAAACUGCAUUGGGAUCCUUAUAGGAACAACACACCUUUAUUGGAGACCUGAAAGUAUGUAUGAACGUGCUAGACAAGCAUUGAUUUUAAUUGAAAAUAUAUUAAAAUUUAAAGAGGAAGUCGGAUUUCCAGCAUUUUUAGCAGGAGAAGAUCCAAUUUAUCAAUUGAUUGUAAAAAGAUUGUUAUCAAAAGAGAAAAUAACUCAAUUAGAAACUUCCAUGAGAGCGUUUGGUGAAGAUGAAAACCAAAAAAUAGGAGAAACAAACAAGGAUCAAGCAACAAAAUCAACACCAAAUACAUCAUUGAUGACAACACCUACACUUCUUUCGACAUUUUCCAAGUUACCUAGAUGUAUAUCAAUUUACGGAGAAUAUUACAAAUAUGUUGAUCCAGAAAAUGUUAAGCAUUCAGAACCCAAGUAUACAAGUUAUGGAUUAUAUUUUAAAGGAACUUUAGAUUACAUCUUUUAUAUUCUUGAUAAUGAUAAUGAUGAUAAUAGAAUAAAAUUCACAAAAUUAUUGAAGAUGCCAAAAGAAGAAGAAAUUGGAACUUCAAUUCCAAACUUUAAAUUUAAUUCUGAUCAUUUUUGUAUGAUGGUUGAGAUAAAUGGAUUGAUGUGA